AUGGGGAAGCUCGUCAGACUCGAGCUAUUCAGUAUGAUUAUCUUCAUCAACAUAAACGGCAGGAAACCUACGCAGAAGCUGACUCUCAAUCUAGAUUUCAAGUCCUACAAGGGCCACCAUGUAUUGCUGUUUGGUGAUGCCUACUUUACCUCUAUUAUCGGUCCUAAUGGAUCGGGAAAGUCGAACUCUAUGGACGCCAUCUCCUUUGUCCUCGGUAUAAAAUCGUCGCAUCUCCGUUCGACCAACCUCAAAGAUCUGGUCUACCGCGGACGUGUCCUCAGAACUUCCAAAGUCAACGGCGACGGAUCCGCGACCGCUCCUGAACAAAACGGCAAUACAGACGAAGCGCAGGAUGGCUCGGAUGUUGAGGACUCGCAGACACAGGGGGAUCGAGGCGACCCCCGAUCGGCCUGGGUGAUGGCAGUUUACGAGGACGACGCUGGUGAAGAGCAGCAGUGGAAGCGAUCAAUCACUAGUGGCGGCGUCAGCGAAUACCGAAUCAACAAUAAGAUCGUGACUGCGCAACAAUACAACGAAGCGUUGGAGGCGGAAAACAUUCUCAUCAAAGCACGCAAUUUCCUUGUCUUCCAGGGAGAUGUCGAAGCUAUUGCCUCACAGUCGCCAAAGGACCUUACUCGUUUGAUUGAGCAAAUUUCUGGUAGUCUGGAGUACAAGGCCGAAUACGAACGGUUGAAAGCCGAGCAGGAAGAAGCUGCAGAACAACAAACCUUUCAACUGAAUCGUCGCCGUGGAAUCAACUCCGAGAUCAAGCAGUACCAAGAGCAGAAGCGAGAAGCGGAGAAUUACGCACGGAAAGCCGAGGAACGAGACCAGGCCAUUAUCACGCACAUCCUGUGGAAGCUUUUCCAUUUUCAGCGAUUGAUCGACGAGUCAAGUGCCGAGAUUCAGAAGCAUCAGGAUGAGCUCAAAGAAUAUCGUCGCGGUGUUGAAAAAUACGAGAAGAAUCUCGAAGAAGCCAAGAAGGAACACGCCAAGAUGGGUAGAGAGGUAUCAACUGCGGAACGCAGCAUUAUCAAGAAGGAAAAGGAAAUCGAGGACGCAACCAACUCUCUGGUACCGAUUGAUGAAAAAAUUGAAAUCACGUCAGGCAAAGUCCAAAGGUACUCUUCGAGGAUUUCAGAGAUUACUAAAGAGCGUGAUACUCAAACUGCAAACGCGACUCGCCUUGAAAAAGACUUGAAGGUCGUCGAAAAAGCGCAGGCUGAGUGGGAGGCUGAAUGGGCAAAGUCCAUGAGUAAAGCUGGCGGUCAAUUAAGCGAAGCAGAUCUCCAGGAAUACAACAAGCUAAAAGAAGAAGUCAACAAGCGUUCUUCAGCCGAGCAGCUGAAACUUGACAACCUCAGACGUCAAAAGAAGACCGAAGCCGAAACCGUGAAUGGCUUGAAGAGCAAAUUCGAUAAUGCGCAAUGGCAAUUGCAGAGCUUCGACGCUGAAGCCAAGACUCUAAAGGCACGCAAAACUGAUAUCGCAGACACGAUCAAAGACACAUCUUCGGAUAUCGAUCGUAAGAAGAAAGAAUUAAACGCUGUGACUUCAGAGCGUCUGCGAGUGUCUCAGAUGCGUACGGAAAUGGAAGAAAAACUCCAAGUUGUCUUGAAAAAGCUGCUCGAAGCGGACGAUGGCAGAAAGCAAAGCGAGAAGGAGAUUCGAAUGAAAGAGAUGAUAUCCACACUAAAGCGCAUCUUCCCGGGUGUCAAGGGCCGCGUUAGCGAUCUAUGUAAACCUAAGCAAAAGAAGUACUCCGAAGCCGUCAGCACUGUCCUAGGUCGUCAUUUCGAUGCUAUCGUUGUAGACAACGAGAAGACUGCCAAGGAAUGUAUCCAACAUCUCCGUGAUCAGCGAGCCGGUCAAGCCACUUUCAUUCCUCUUGAGACCAUUCAAGUUAAGGCCUUCAACUCGAACCUCAAAGGUAUGCAUCGCGGCAUGCGUCCAGCAAUCGAGACAGUUGAUUAUGAAAACUCCGUUUCUCGUGCUAUCACUUAUGCUUGUGGUAAUGCCAUUGUGUGCGAUGACUUGGAUACUGCCAAGUAUCUCUGUUACGAGAAGGGUGUGGACGCCAAAGCUGUUACAUUAGACGGAACAGUAAUCCACAAAGGUGGUUUGAUGACUGGUGGUCGAGGUCCUGGACAACAAAGCUCGAAGAGGUGGGAUGAUUCCGAAUUAGAAAACUUGCACAAGUUAAAAGACAAGCUGCUUGCCGAUCUCGCCGCAUUGCCUAAAGGCCACCGUCGCGGAACAGAUGAAGAAACCUUGCAGGGUGAACUUGUCGGUCUCGAACAGAGAUUGGCCUACGCCAAAGAAGAGUUGAAAGCUCUCGAACGCAACAUUAAAAGUAAAGAUAGCGAACUCCAGUAUGCCAAGAAACAAGUUGCGGAAGUGCAGCCGAAGCUGCGUGAGAAAGAGAAGGCGCUGAAGCAGCUAGAGAAUUCGAUCGCUUCUGCGGAGCAAUCCGUUGCUAGUGUGGAGGACGAAAUCUAUGGCGAUUUCUGUGAACGUCUAGGCUACGAUAGUAUCCGCGACUAUGAGGCUUUGCAGGGUUCCCUUCAAGAAGAGGCUUCUCGCAAGAAGUUGGAAUUCACAACUCAAAAGAGCAGAAUCGAGAAUCAACUGAGCUUUGAGAAACAACGUCUUGAGGCAACAAAUGACCGUAUUAGCUCUCUAAAAGCACAACGCAAGCGGGAUGAGGCACAAAUCAAGGAGUUCAAGGCCGAGCAGGACAAAAUCCGCAACCGCCUAGAUGAACUCGAGGCCGAACUAGAUAUUCUCAAGGAACGCCUGAAAGAUCAGAAAGAAUUGUACUCAGAAUCCCAAGAAAGGUUGAGUGCUCAGCGACGAGAGCUUCAGAAACGCUCAAAGAACGUUGAAGACACCCUCAAGGCUGUAAAUGCACUUGAGGGCGAUAUUCAGCGCAACUCUUCAAGCCGCUAUGCUCUCCUUCGUCGUUGCAAGCUCGAGGAUAUUGACCUGCCGCUUACUGAUGACUCCGCACCUCUAGAUAAUUUGCCGAUCGAUGAGCUUGUGCAAACCGCUGACGAGGAUGCUAUGGAUCUCGACGAGGAUAUGACUAUGACAGGGCUAGAGGCUCCAGGUGUUCAGGAUUACGGCAUCGAAGUUGAUUUUGAUUCUUUGGGAGAGACACUAAAAGAGUCUGCCGAAGAUAAACUUGAGGAGGAAUUGCAAGAUCGCAUUCGCUCACUCAACACCGAACUAGACAAGAUGGCACCCAACACUCGAGCCAUGGAACGGUUAGAAACGGUUGAGAACAAACUCCGCAGUUCGGAGAAGGACUUUGAGGAUGCUCGGAAGCGUGCCAGAAGAGCCAAGGAUGAUUUUGAAGAUGUCAUGACGAAGCGAUCAGAAUUGUUCAACAAAGCAUUCUCACAUAUUUCCGAACAAAUCGGUCCUAUCUACCGGGAGCUUACCAGAAGUGCCAACUAUCCUUUGGGCGGUCAAGCUUAUCUUGACAUCGAAGAUUCCGAUGAGCCAUAUCUUGACGGCAUCAAGUAUCACGCCAUGCCUCCACUUAAACGAUUUCGUGACAUGGAGCACUUGUCAGGAGGUGAAAAGACCAUGGCCGCUCUCGCUCUUCUCUUUGCGGUGCAUUCCUAUCAACCAUCGCCAUUCUUCGUUCUGGAUGAGGUGGACGCCGCUCUUGACAAUACUAACGUCGCUCGCAUUGCCAACUACAUCCGCGACCAUGCUGCUCCGGGCAUGCAGUUCAUUGUCAUCAGUUUGAAGACGGGCCUGUUCCAAUUGAGUGAGGCCCUUGUGGGUAUCUACCGAGACCAGACCGAAAACAGCAGUAACUCGCUCACUCUGGAUCUCCGCAAAUACCAAUAG